GUAGGUGUCCCAUUUAAAACACCAAUAACCUAGUUCCGAAUAGAAACAGAGUAAAAAAAUGGCUAAUACGUCGGCUGUGCUGGAUGUGGUAACGGAAAGUCGAGACAUAUCGUCGUUGCUGAAGGACAAAGAUACGGACAGGUCGAGUAUAUGUAGUGGCAAUUCGACGUUCGAUAAUUCCCUUGUGCAGUCGCCCAGUUUGGAAAGUUUUUCGACCAUUCACGACAUCGAGAACUUGUCGGAAUUGAACAUGGACGAGAAUUCGGAUCUUUGCGUCAAAAUUGACAACCCCCAGAAGCAUUUGGAGACCUUGGAGACCUUUAUUACAUUCAGAAUCACUACAAGAGUUGCUAGGAUUGAAUACAAUGAUAAUGAGUAUGUUGUGCGGAGGAGGUACAAUGACUUUAUAUGGCUUCGACAAAGAUUACUUGAGUGCCAUCCUUUCUGCAUUAUUCCUCCACUACCAGCAAAGCAUUCAUUAAUGGGGCAGUUGGAUAGGUAUUCCAAGGAAUUUAUUAUUUUAAGGAUGAAAGCACUGAAUGUUUUCAUAAGCAGAAUUGCCCAACAUCCAAUACUAAGUUGUAAUGAACAUUUCAAGAUUUUCUUAACAUGCCAACAGUCUGAUUUCAACAUAUAUCGCAGGCAACGUCCUCACACCGACAACAAAAUACGUACACUAAGUCAUGCCAAUUCCAGUCACUCCAUCCUCAAAAACCGUCAUAUCGAAUUCGAUAAGACUAAGACUUAUCUAACCACUCUCGCGGAAAAAAUUUCGUCUAUAGAAAAAAUUUCUAACCGCAUCAAUAAAGAACGUGCUGAACUAAUAACAGAGUUGAACAGUUAUCACCCAAUAUUCACCUCUUGGGCCACAACUGAGCCGGAAUUGAGCGACUUGCUACAGAAUAUCGGCAAUGCUCUCGAGAGAAGUACGGCCGCUCAAAACUCGCUGGUUCAGAGUUACUGCAACACUGUAGGGAAUCCCAUUAAAGAUUUUUUGGCAUACAUAGAUGUGGUGCAGGACACUUUAAAGAAACGGGAGUCGUAUCAAUGUGCAUACGAGAUUUCAAUGGAGGAACUAAACAAAAGGCACAAUGAGAAGGACAAGUUAGUUGCCAAUAGUCAGAAUUCAAACCAAACUUCCGGUGGAUUUUCGUUGUGGAGACAGCCCAGUUGCGACGAUAAACUGGAAAAACUGGGGACCUACAUUCCUCAGUUGCUGAAGAAGGUGGAAUCGAAUCAGGAUAAUUUGGAGUGUGCCAAUGAAUCUCUUAGAAGCGACCUGGAGAGGUGGCAAUUAGAGAAACAGCAAAUUUUGAAAAAGAUUUUAUUAGAUUUUGUAAAUAAGCAGAUUAAUUAUUAUCAGGCAACGACCAAUGCUUGGGAACACGUUACCAAUGAGUUAACGCAACAAAAUAUGGCUUUAAGAAACUCAUCAAAGUGAUAUUAUUUAAGCAAAUAAUAGCGAUCUCAUUACUUUACAUUCCAGUUGUUUGUAUAUACAUUUAACUGCGAUACAAGAAGUCUAGUCUUGUUUACUGAUGUAUAUUUAUUUUAUGUGUUUUGGGAAAGAUUAAUAAGUAAUUGGUUAUAUUAAUAAUACAAUAAAUUCGUAAAUUAAUUAAAACUUU